AUGGUUGAGGGGAUUUAUGCGAAUGCAGACGUUGCAGAAGACAACAAUGAUGGCCAGCAGAAAUCUGAGAGUUCAGUUACAGGAAUCAAGUUUUCAGAAAAUAAAAAAUAUAGAUUGACCGCAGUGUGUGUGCUGUUGCUGUGCGUUCUUCUGCUGAGUGCCAUUGCAGUGCUGUGGAUUAAAUUCAAUAACAUGACUACAGAGAGAAACGAGUUUCAAACCGGAUACAACUUCCUGAUUAAAGAAACAGAUGAGUUAAAAAAGCAAAAAGAUGUAUUUCAGAAGAAGUUGACUGACUUGGGAUGGAGGUUCUCUACCUUAAAGUUUUAUUACGUCUCCACUCAGAAGAAAAACUGGACUGAAAGCAGACAGGACUGCAUAGAGAGAGGAUUAGACUUGGUGAUCAUAAACAGCAAAGAGGAACAGGAGUUUGUGAAUAAUUUGAGCAAGAUCAAGAAUUAUGGAGUUUAUAUUGGUUUGACUGACCAGGAUAAAGAAGGAGUAUGGAAAUGGGUGGAUGGAACGUCAAUGACCAAGGCGUACUGGGCAUCUGGAAAUAAACAUUCAAAAAAUGAUGACUGUGUUGUAAACAAGUAUAAAUCUGGUGGGUGGUUUGACAGACCAUGCACAGAAACUUAUCACUGGAUCUGUGAAUGA